AUGAUAAGGGAAAAGAAGCUUCGAGCUCAAGAGCAAACAUCCAUUCAUCAGAAUGAGAACCAGAGCACACAAAGUGCCAUUUCUUUCAAAAUAAAAAUUCCGUAUGAUCAAAAAGUAGAGCAAGGUUUAAGACAUGAGUUAUCUGUUUGUAUUAAAGAAAAUGAUAACGAAAUUAAUGCAUCUUUGGGAUCUAGUAGAGUUACAGCACAAAAUAUAGCCAAUUUAUUUAAUAUAGCAAUGAAGACAUUGGUAUAUAAUGAAAUCAAAUCGCUUCUACCUGACAUUAUUGAUGUAAACUUGCGUAAAAUAACUUUCAGGGCUAAAAAAAUCUAUAUUUUGUUUGAAGGAAUAGGAAUAGAUAAAAUUAACCAAAAGUUGACUAAUAUGAUCAAUGUGACUGGUCCAUCCGAGUUGAAAGCCGAAAUGGGCGAGGAAGCCAAGAAAACAUUACCGAGAACUGAUAAAACUUUACCAGAAGCUGAGGGAAGUAUAUCAUCUUCGGAUAAAAAAGCAAAUGUUAGUAAACCACCCUCAUCUCGACCUCCAAUUACUACCACCUUACCCGAUGAUCCAGAAGAAAAAUGA